CUUUGAGUCCUUUCCAACCCAAACCAUCCUGGGAUUUACUGCCAAAAUAUUGUAUCCCACCUCAAGCAUUAUUUGGUCCUUGUGUAUAAAGAAUUUGCCCCUGUGUGUGGCCACAAGCACCGACUUAGCUUCCACCUUCCUUUUGCUGAAUUCAACUCCAGCUUCCGUCCUCUUUCUUCCAUUCCUUCCAUCCUCUUCCUUCCUAGCAACUUCCAGGAAUUAUUGCUUCAGGUUUUUGACCUCUGAUUUCCCCAUUUGUGUUCGUUCUUUUUAUCCUGGUAGGUUUUAGGGGGCUCCCAGUGCUUGGAGGUUUUGUUCUCUCCUUCAUUUCCAGCUGUGGAUUCGGUGCUUUGUUCCUUCCCUGGGUGCUGCAGCACAGUUUGACCCGGAUUAUUCAUAACAGAGCUGUUCCCUCUCCCAUCCCAUUGCCCUGCUGAGUGACGCACACAAAACAGCCCAGAAGGUGUUAAUAACCAGGAUAAUGAACUUUUUUAACUCCAGCCUUGUGUUCCCCUGCAGGCAAAUGUGAUCAAUUUAAAGACUUUCCUUUCAGCCGUGAGACUGGCUCACCAAGGCAACGACACCGGAGUUCUCCCUCUCUCACCUCUGGUCCCAGCAAAGAACUCCGACGUGGAGAAACCCAAAACCAAAAUGAUCAUCACUUCCAGGAGGGAUUAUCCCCUCACCAAGAGCUUCCCUUUCUCCCUGGAGCACCUGCAGACCUCGUACUGCAAACUGGCCAGGAUCGACAGCAGGGUGCUGUGCCUGAAGAAGCUGCGCAAGCUGGACCUGAGCCACAACCACAUCAAGCAGCUGCCGGCCACGCUGGGGGACCUGGUGUGUCUGCAGGAGCUCGACCUGCACGACAACCACCUGGAGGCCUUCAGCGGGGCCCUGUGCAGCUCGGGCCUGCAGAAAUCCCUGCAGUUCCUGGACCUGAGCCAGAACCAGAUCCAGGCGCUGCCCAUCGAGUUCUGCCAGCUGCGGGGCCUGGUGCAGCUGCGGCUGGAUGACAACGCCCUGCUGCGCCUGCCCUGCAGGAUCGGGCAGCUGAGCCGCCUGCGCUUCCUGUCGGCCGCACGGAACAAGCUGCCCUUCCUGCCCUGUGACUUCAGGAAACUCUCUCUGGAGAACUUGGAUCUCUUUGGGAAUCCUUUUGAGCAGCCCAAUCCGCUGGUUCCAAACAUCCAGCUGAAAAUCCCAUUGACUCUGUUGGAGUGUGCUGCCAGGGCCACGGUCAAUCACAGAAUCCCUUACGGCUGUCACCUCCUCCCUUCCCACCUCUGUAAGGAUCUGGAAGUGGCCAAAACGUGUCGGUGUGGGAGCUCCUGCCUGAGCAGCUUCAUCCAGAUCACGGUGACCAUGAACCUGCACCACGUGGCGCACACCGUGGUGCUCGUGGACAACAUGGGGGGCACGGACGCUCCCGUCCUCUGCUACUUCUGCUCCCUGGACUGCUAUUCCCAGUUCCUGGACAGGCACCUCCAGAGCAAUGGGUGACACCGGCUCUGUCCACUGUGUCUGGGGAUGGAGGAGCCUGGAGGCGUUUCCUGCGGAGACAAAUCCCUCUGGGAGCGAGGGGACGCGCCUGGCCCGACUCUCGUCCCCCUCUGGAAUCUCCUCUGGUUGGAACACAAUGUUUAGCUGGAGAGAACCUCCCUUAGAAUGUGUUUCCCUUUCGCUGUUGCCGGGGCUUUGCUCAGAGUUUGGUGUUUUUUGUGGGGUAGGUGGUUCCUUCCUGGAAGGACAAAGUGGAUUUAUCCCAAACUUUCCCAGGUGAGGCUCUGAGCUCUGCCCACGGCAAGGACUGCACUCCGCUCUUCCCAAGGGAGGAGAAACCGCAUCCAGACCGGUUAAUUCCAGGUGCUUCAUUUUUUUAAAGGUUACAACAUUCCCACUGGGAGCAGGGACCAGCAUCGCUGGGUUUCUACCAGAGGAAAUGUGGUUUUGGGGGUUUUUCUUUGUGAUAUCAGAAAUGUCUUUUUUCUAAAUACGUGCCUGAAACUUUGUUUCUUAAUCCUCCGAUGAUUCUUGAAUUUGUUUCACUGUGUUGACUUAAUAAAUUUUGAAACCCUUC